UUUGUUAUCCAAUUUCCGAGCGAUCACAGCAUUGAAAUAUGUAUAAAAUAUAAAUAUGAUAGCAAAAAAGAAAAUUUUGAUCAGCAACUAUAGAACCUUGAUCCACACGUACAAGCUACCCGAAUAGUUAUGGUCAUGCUUAUGCCAAUAACUCGGAGAAUCCGCAGGCAAACACCCAUUAAAAUCCCCCCAAUCGGGGUCUGAUAUUGAUAUCGUUAUCAUUGGGGGCUUCUGUUGCUCUUGGCACAACAAAGUGUUUAAGAGUGCGCCACUCUUGGGCUUUUUGUAUCUCAGCUUGCUAUACACGCGGUCGAAAUAAUUUCACCAGAGACGGAAAGCCCCCGUAAAGUUUGUAUGCCACUUGGAGCUUUGAAUGAGAGCGGCGUUAUCUCUCCGUAUCUGCUGGAAGGUUUUUGUUUUUUCUGGCCAAACGUGACCAACUAUGGCCCUAUUGUGAGAGAGUCGGGCCUUGGUUGUCUGAGUUUUAAUUGAUCGGUCCGAAAAAAAGAGCGAAGUCAAACCGUUUUCUAUUGUAUACAUCGCUCUUGUUUUUUCUUUUUUUUUUACGAUUUUGCCCCUCUCUGCGGCGGCUAUUAUCUCAUUUUUGUUUUGAGAACCCAAUGGCAAAACAAAUAAGUUUGUUCGCCGCACUUGGCUCGAAUUCAGUUGCCUUUUUAGCUCGUUGCGAGCCGGUUGUCCGUCGUUAUUUUUUGCUCUGUCGCUACCCUCCAUCCUCAAAAACGAUCCGAUUCGUUUCUAUUCGACCCGAUCCGUUCGAAUCGCAGCGAUUUUUUUCCUACGUAGAGUUACCACAUCGCCCGAUAUAGCUAUAUAGCACGUACAUAACCCGAUUUCACGUGGAGGAAGACGAGUGACCAUGGCGGAGGACACUAGUUCGCCGAUGGACAGAUUUUGCGGGUCCACCUUUUGGAAUUCAACGGAAACAUGGUAUACCAACAACCCGGACUUCACGCCCUGCUUCGAGCAAACGGCGCUGGUCUGGACGCCCUGCGCCUUCUACUGGCUGUUUGUGAUUUUUGACUUCUACUACCUGAAAGCCAGUUUGGACAGGAAUAUACCCUGGAACAAGCUGAACGUUACCAAGGCCCUGGUGAAUCUGGGUCUGCUGGUCAUCACUGCCCUGGACUUGAUUAUGGCCCUGAUCAAGAAGGGCGGCGACUCGGAGUUGCCGCUCUACGACCUUGAUGUUUGGGGUCCCAUCAUCAAGUUUGCCACCUUCCUGCUGCUCUUCAUCUUCAUCCCGCUGAACCGGAAGUAUGGUGUGCAGACCACGGGCUGUCAGUUUAUCUUCUGGUUCCUUCUCGUCGUGCUGGCGAUUCCCCGCUGCCGCACAGAAGUUCGGUUGGAUGCGGAUCGUCAGAAGAUCAUCGACUCGCAGCAGCAGUCGGAGCAGGACUUCUCGUGGGAAGAGUACCAGUUCGCCAGCUUCUUCGUCUUCUUCACCUUCUCCUGCAUCAUGCUGAUCCUCAACUGCUUUGCGGACGGCUUGCCCAAGCAGACCAAGUACCAGAGGGGCGAGAACGAGAUUCCCGAGCUCUCGGCCAGUUUCCUCUCGAGGAUCACGUACCAGUGGUUCGACAGAAUGGCCCUCAAGGGCUACCGCAAUCCGCUGGAGGAGAAGGACUUGUGGGAUCUGAGGCCCCAGGACAGUUGUUCCGAGGUGAUGCCCAUCUUUGCCAAACAUUGGAACAAUAAUGUGCGCAAGAACUACAAGAGCAAGGCCCGCGUGGAACCCAAAGCGCAGUUCAGCAACGGCCAUGUGACCUUCGAGAACCCGCACACCGAGAAGAACGGCAAGAAGGGCAUGGCCAGCAUUAUGCCGCCCAUCUACAAGUCCUUCGGCGGCGUCUUCCUCUUCGGCGCGCUGAUGAAACUGUUCACCGAUACCCUGACCUUUGCCCAGCCUCAAGUCCUCAGUUUGAUCAUCAACUUCGUUGAGGCCUCAGCAACGGAAGCGGAGCCCGAGUGGAAGGGCAUUAUGUACGCCGUCCUGCUCUUCGUUUUGGCUGCUGCCCAGACCUUCAUUCUGGGCCAGUACUUCCACCGCAUGUUCAUCGUGGGCCUGCGCAUCAGGACUGCCUUGAUCAACGCCAUCUACCGCAAGGCCCUGCGCAUUUCCAACUCCACCAAGAAAGAGUCCACCGUGGGCGAGAUCGUCAAUUUGAUGGCCGUGGAUGCCCAGCGUUUCAUGGAGCUGACUACCUACCUCAACAUGAUCUGGUCGGCGCCACUGCAGAUUGGUCUGGCCCUCUACUUCCUCUGGCAGCAGCUGGGACCGUCUGUCCUGGCCGGUUUGGCUGUGAUGAUUAUCCUGAUCCCCGUGAACGGUGUGAUUGCCAGUAGGAUUAAGACCUAUCAGAUCAGGCAGAUGAAGUACAAGGACGAGCGUGUUAAGCUGAUGAACGAAGUGCUGAGUGGCAUUAAGGUCCUCAAGUUGUACGCCUGGGAGCCGAGUUUCGAGAAGCAAGUGCUGGACAUCCGUGACAAGGAGAUCGCGACGCUGCGAUCCACGGCGUACCUGAACGCGGGAACAUCGUUCCUGUGGUCAUGCGCCCCCUUCCUGGUUUCAUUAGUCACAUUCGCCACUUACGUUCUAAUCGAUGAAAACAACGUGCUUGAUGCCACCAAAACCUUUGUCUCAUUAUCAUUAUUCAACAUUCUCCGUUUUCCGCUAACAAUGUUGCCCAUGCUGAUCACCAACCUGGUGCAAACGCAAGUUUCUGUGAAUCGUAUAAACAAGUUCCUGAACAGUGAGGAACUGGACCCCAACAGCGUUCUCCACGAUUCUUCCAAGCCUCAUCCCAUGAGCAUUGAGAAUGGCGAGUUCUCCUGGGGCGAUGAGAUCACCCUGCGCAACAUCAACAUCGAGGUGCACAAGAGCAGCCUGGUGGCCCUGGUGGGCACCGUGGGUUCCGGCAAGUCGUCCGUGGUGCAGGCCUUCCUCGGCGAGAUGGAGAAACUUGCUGGCGUUGUCAACACAGUGGGCAAGUUGGCCUAUGUGCCGCAGCAGGCGUGGAUCCAGAACGCGACGGUGAGGGACAACAUCCUCUUCGGGCAGACCUACGACCGGAAGCGUUACAACAAGGUGAUCGACGCCUGUGCCCUGCGUGCCGAUAUCGACAUCCUGUCGGCGGGAGACCUCACGGAAAUCGGUGAGAAAGGCAUUAACUUAUCAGGUGGCCAGAAGCAGCGCAUCUCGUUGGCCCGCGCCGUGUACAGCGAUGCGGAUCUCUAUCUGCUGGACGAUCCGUUGAGCGCCGUGGACGCCCACGUCGGCAAGCACAUCUUCGAGGAGGUGAUCGGACCCAAGGGCAUACUCGGUCGCAAGUCACGCAUCUUGGUCACGCAUGGCGUCACCUUCCUGCCCCAAGUCGACAGCAUCUACGUGAUGAAAAUGGGCGAGAUCAGCGAGAGCGGCACAUUCGAUCAGUUGGUUAAGAACAAGGGCGCCUUCGCCGACUUCAUCAUCCAGCAUCUGCAGGAUGGCAAUGAGGAGGAGGAGGAGCUUAACCAGAUCAAGCGCCAGAUCUCCAGCACCGGAGACGUCCCUGAGUUGCUAGGCAGUGUCGAGAAGGCCAUUAAGUUGGCGCGCACCGAAAGCUUGUCGGAUUCUAUCUCUGUUACCUCCGCUGAUAGUUUGAUGGGAGGAGGUGGAAGUCUCCGCCGGCGGACCAAACGCCAGAACUCCCACGAUUCCGUCGCCUCGGCGGCUUCCCUGAAAAAGAAGCAGGAGGUCGAGGGCAAGCUGAUUGAAACUGAGAAAUCGCAGACUGGUGGUGUGGACUUCGCCGUGUACAAGCAUUACAUCAAGAGUGUUGGCAUCUUCCUUUCGGUGGCCACAUUGGUGCUCAACUUUGUAUUCCAAGCAUUCCAAAUCGGCUCGAAUCUGUGGCUCACUCAAUGGGCCAACGAUCAAAAUGUUGCCAAUGACACUGGACUCAGGGACAUGUAUCUCGGUGUUUACGGUGCAUUCGGAUUCGGUCAAGGUGUGCUAGCCUACUUUGCGGUGGUCAUCGUCUACCUGGGUGGAUUCCAGGCGGCCAAGACCAUCCACAACCAACUGCUGGCCAUCAUUAUCCGAGGUUCCGUCUGCCGAUUCUUCGACAUUACUCCGAUCGGGCGACUCUUGAACAGUUUCAGCGGCGACAUGGAAGUGGUCGACGAAGAGUUGCCCGCCACCAUGGACUCCUUUAUGACCUUUAUCUUUAUGGUCCUGGCUACCAUUGUGGUUAUUAGUUUGUCCACGCCAAUUUUCUUGGCCGUGAUCGUGCCCAUCGCCUUCCUAUACUACUUCGCCCAGCGAUUCUACGUGGCCACUUCCCGGCAGCUGAUGCGUCUGGAGUCCGUAUCCCGAUCUCCCAUCUACUCGCACUUCAGCGAAACUGUCACUGGAGCUUCAACCAUUCGUGCCUACAACGUGGGAGAUCGCUUCAUUGAGGAGUCCGAUGCCAAGGUGGACAAGAACCAGGUGUGCAAGUAUCCCUCGGUGAUCGCCAAUCGUUGGCUGGCCAUUCGUCUUGAGAUGGUGGGCAACCUAAUCAUUCUGUUUGCCUCGCUCUUCGCCGUUCUGGGAGGUCAAACCAAUCCCGGUUUGGUGGGUCUGUCGGUGAGCUACGCCUUGCAGGUGACCCAAACCCUCAACUGGCUGGUGCGCAUGUCAUCCGACAUCGAGACGAACAUCGUCUCCGUGGAGCGCAUCAAGGAGUACGGCGAGACCAAGCAGGAGGCUCCCUGGGAACUGGAGCAGGACAAGACUAAGCCCAAGAACUGGCCGCAGGAGGGCCGCGUCGAGUUCCAGAACUUCCAGGUGCGCUACCGCGAGGGAUUGGACUUGGUCCUGCGCGGAGUUAGCUUCGACAUCAGGGGAGGCGAGAAGGUCGGCAUCGUGGGACGCACGGGUGCUGGCAAAUCCAGUCUCACGUUGGCAUUGUUCAGAAUCAUUGAAUCUGCCGGUGGUCGCAUCUCGAUCGAUGGUGUGGACAUUGCCACAAUGGGUCUGCACAUGCUGCGCUCCCGCUUGACCAUCAUCCCACAGGAUCCAGUGCUCUUCUCUGGAUCUCUGCGCGUGAACCUAGAUCCCUUCGAAGUGAAGACCGACGACGAGAUCUGGAAGGCCUUGGAGCUGUCCCAUCUGAAGUCGUUUGUGAAGAGCUUGGCAGCUGGUCUGAACCACGAGAUUUCCGAGGGCGGUGAGAAUCUGUCGGUGGGUCAGCGCCAGUUGGUUUGUUUGGCGCGUGCUCUGCUCCGUAAAACCAAGGUGCUGGUUCUUGAUGAAGCCACCGCUGCUGUGGAUCUGGAAACAGAUGAUCUGAUUCAGAAAACCAUUCGCACUGAGUUCAAGGAGUGCACUGUCCUGACAAUCGCCCAUCGUUUGAAUACCAUUAUGGACUCUGACAAGGUGAUCGUGCUGGACAAAGGACAGAUCACAGAGUUCGCCUCGCCAACGGAACUGCUGGCCAAUCCCAAGUCGGCCUUCUACAGCAUGGCCAAGGACGCCAACCUAGUUUAAGAUCCACGAAUGUCAACCUGAAACUCCACGAAACUCAAACGGAAGAGAGUGUGUGCCCCAACAACAAACAAACAAACAAACAACAAACCCUAGGAAUAUAGACGUACGAAAUGAAAAUCAUAGAAAGGUAGCUUUAAGCCAUUUGGCAGUGACAACUGGCAGUCGGAAAAUGCUCUACCUCAUGGAUAGGACAAGCAACUACGAAUCAAAGCGAGCAAACAAAAACAAAAAAAGGAAACAACAACCGGAAGAAAUUAGCAAAUACCAACUCAAUGUUCAUUAGCCUAAGCGAAAUUAUUCAAGCCAGUUGCGCCUCAUCGGUUACUCGAUUUUCGUUUUUAAUAUGUAUUUGUACUUACAAAAUCGUGUGUAUUUUUCUAUUGUCUAUUGUACUUAGUUUUUUAUGGAACAAGAAACCGAUGCAAAUGAGCGGAAAAGAGCAAAAGUUCAGAAAUAAGAGAACUCCUAAGUAUGCCACAUAUGUAUUUAUGUACUUAACUUAACGAAAUUGAAAAAUGAGAAUGAUACCCAGAACUCACUCAAGAAUUUUUUGCCUUCAACUGAUAAGAUCAGUAAAAUAAAGGGUCGACGUAGUUAAACCAAUAUAUUGAAACUUUUGUAAAAUGUAUACUUAAAUAAAGUUAUAAUAACUAAUAAACUUAGGGAAUGAAUAACCCCCACCCAAAUCUAAA